AUGUCUAAGUUAUCCGUGACGAACUUCAGCAAAAGAACGGGUAGCCCGUUCCAAAAGAUAGAACAGGAAAAAGAAAAGAUCGUCCACGAAGAAGUACUGCAUAAGAGCAACUAUGAAAAACAGAAGGAGAAGACUGAGGAGUUAGUAAAUAAAGUGAAUAAGAAAACUGCGGAAUACCAAUCAAGUAAACCAAGUUCUGGUGUGUUCACUGAAGUCGUGACGCAUGGAGCGUUUACCACGAAAAAGGUGGAAAAUGACAAACCAAAAGAAUCCCCGACCAAUAAAGGAAACAACGGAAACGGAAAGUCUCGUUUAGGAUUUCCAUCGUCAGCAAAUGAUUUAGCGCUGGACGCAAAAUCUGAUCUGGAAUCAGAUCCCAAUAUUUCCGAAGAAGUAAAAGAAAAGGUAAUAGAUAAAUUAUUUACUCUAGUAUCGAUGGUGCAACACACUUACGAGUCGAAAGUGAGAGUUAUGAGUGAGUUCGAGAAAUUUAAGGACACACAUCUCAAGAACGAAGUAAGACGAGAGAAGGAGCAUUCGGAACAAUUGUACAAGUUGAACAUCAAUUUUCAAAGUGAGGUCAUUCAAGCAAUUCAGCAGUUGAGAAGUGAAUUAGAUUUGUCGAGACAUUUGUCAAGUACAGAGGACACGAGUAACUUGAUGAGUAUAAAGGACAGUGGGAUUAGGUAUAGUGCGAACGAUGACCAAACUGUUGACGAUGUUGAUAAAAAUCGUGACUCAGUGUAG